GAAAUCUUAUUUCCUUUCAACAUUCUGGUUUCUGCACUGAAAGAGGGUGAACUCGAAAUGAAAUAGAUUAAGAAACCGAAACGCAAAAGGCAAUUAUGGAAUCAAGAUUAUCGAUAAUAAUGAUUUCAAGUACCUAGCUUUGAAGGUAGUAGGGGCGGCUAAAAAAGCCGAGGAAGGGAAGAAAAAGAAGAAGAAAUUGAAGUCGAUAAAAAUUGCGUCGGCGACAUUCUUCGCUUUUUCACCACAGUUCUCCGAUUUUGUGUGCACUUCACUCACUGAGACAGAGAGAGGGCAAUGAAGUUAUAGUGUCGUGUACUACGGUGCUUUUAAAGGAAGUUAAGGGUUCCAGCUUCCUUUUCUAAAUAAUAAGAAGAGCCAACAAGAAUCACGUAGCAUCGACUGACCUGAUUCGUGUUUUCCAUUCGUUAGCUAAUAACGGUUGCUUCCGUUCAAUUCAAAACCCUGAGAUUCAUGGUCAACGUUGAGUUAAUGAGCGUUUUCGGGAUCAACGGUUACGUAAAACUCGGUGUCCCGGUGCCCAAUGAAGAAAUGGGCUAUGUUUCACACCGGCCCAUAUCCCUACUUACUCGGGCUCGAUUAACGGGCAUUUUUGAAAAGAGGAUAAUAGUAAAAACCAGGGUUAGGGGUGUUCUUUGCAAUCCGAAAGCGUGAAAGGAGGGAGAGCAAAAGCUACAUUCUUUUUUGCUUCGAUUGAGAUUGGGAUCUCCUUUUUCCCUCACAUCUGCCUUUUCCUUCAAUCGUUUUGUGUGAUUUGCUGAGCAGAGGAGCUAUUGUUUGUGUGAUCCACGGUUUUUCCAAUGAGGAAUUACCCAAUAACUUUUUUUUCACGGGCACAAAGUUGAGAGUUUGUCCUCUAUACCAAUCCAACACAUGAUCAAUGAUCAAUCUUUAUUGGUCAACCAAUCGAAACAGCAGGUUUUAAUGGAUCUGGAGACAGAGAACAGAAUAGCUGCUAUUCUUAUGAAAGAAGCAGCAGAAUUGAGGCAACGAGCUGAAAGGGAAGGCGUGCAUGUUUACCUUGAACAGCCUAAAGUAAGAGCACGGCCAAAUUCUCGCUUCCUCACUGCAACUGUCAUUGGAGUGCAGCAAACAAAUCGAGCUUUUGAGGUCAAUGAGAUGUGGCGAGUCCGGCAAAAGGAGCUCAAGAUGGAUGAUAGGCUGAGAGAAGGAUCAGGAUAUGAUGAUAACUGCAGCAAGAACUAUGGGGAUGUUGGUGAUAUCCCUAGACGUACAGGCAGAAGGCAUUCUGUAAAUGAGAACAAUACUAGGGUGUCAUCAUCGUCAAGCAAAAGAGUAGGGAGCUCUUAUUCAAGAGAAGAUGAAGGUUUAAGGGAUGAAGAAGUUGAGGAAUUUUUACACUCGAGGGUUAAGCGAGGUCGAGGUGCAGUAGGUUCGAGGAUGGAUGAAACAGGGCCUUACCUUCCACCUUGUCCAGAUUACGAGGAAAAGCUUUACAGAAGCCCGGAUGCGAAGCUGCUGGGUGUUGUUUUUAAACCAGAGAAAUAUUGUGCAUCAUCUGAAGAAGAGCUUGGCACGGAAAGGCUUAAAAGGGCAAAGAAGGUUUGUUCAAAGAGUUUGGAUAAGGAGCAUUCCAGGAAGCACAGAUCUAAAGAAAAGUCGAGGGGUAAGAAAAGGAAGAGAAAGGAUGAGAAACGAAGUAAACACUAGUAAGUGCCCUUUUUUUGUACACCAUUGUUCCCAUGCAAGGUUCACAAGCUAGUUGUGCUCAAUACGUAUUAUAGUUCUAAGAAUACCUGGAAUGCUGACAUGACAUGGCAAUUACAUCUUGAGAAUGAGAAAUUAAGUCCUGGUAAAUUCAAACUACCACGAGUAUUAUACAGGUUUUGCAAGAAUGUAGUAUUUAUACGUAAAUAUAUAUUUAUUGUUUAAA